GGACUAUAAGAUCAGGAGCUCCAGCGGAAAUGCCACGUGUAAACACUGCGCAUGCGUGAGACCCUUUGCGUUGAUCCUGCUGGGUGAUCCUAACUUCCGGCGAGAGAGUGAGAGAGGCGUCUCACACGACUACCCUGACAAGGCCUAUCGAUACUCACCCGUAGCUAGUUGGAACGGGGUUUGGCCGGAGCCAUGGCCCUGUGACCGCGGACCGAGUUCGUUUAAUAACUUUAUUUUACAAAAAAUAGGAUUCGGCGUGAGGUACAACAGCUUUGACAAACGCCGCAUAGUCACAGCUACAGGUUUGGACAUUUCCCCUAUACUAUCUGCUAGUUAGCUAGCCAGCUAGCCAACGACGCAGCUAGCUACUCGAUUUGCCAACCAAGCAGCCCUUAAAUUAGGACUCGGUGUCUGUUUCAACAUGUCAACUGCGGGGUUCAACUCUCAGAACGGGACAGGGCCAGGACAAGCGUACUCAAACGGUCCAUCACAGAAUCCUGUUGCUAUACAGCAGCUACCUGGGGUCAGCUAUGGCAUGACUCACCAACCUCCCUACAACCCAAUGCAGGCCAAGGCGCCUGUAGCCCCUGGCCCUGGACUCUACCAUUCUGGGUAUCCCCCGGUCAGUUCUUACCAGCCUGGCCCUCAACUGGCUUCCUACUCAACACCCCCAGGGCAGCCACUUUUGACCAGGCCCCAGAUUGCUGGUCCUCCUCUUCAUACCCCUCCACAGUCUGCAAGCCCCAGUCCUGGACCCAGAAUGCCCCUUGCACAGGCUACACCACCUCCUCCUGCAGUGUCUUCUAGUAGCUACUAUUCCAAUUUGCAGCAGCCCCAGCCCAAUGCCCAACCAUGGCAGUACAACCCAGUCCCAGCACCAAUGGGAACACCCCCACCACCAAAUUCCAUGAGCUCACCUCCCCGUGGCCCUGUCGCGAAUCACCUGAAUCCACCUUCAAGCUCAACAGCACCACCACCACCACCAUCAUCAUCAACUGCUUACAGCUUACCGCAGCAAGCCUAUGGGUCCCAUAGUGUCACCCAACCUCCAGGCCCUGGGAUCCCACCUACAUCUCUGCAUGGCUACAAUCAGCCAGGCGUCGCACCUCCACCAAUGAAUCCUGCAGUGUCGCUUUCGUACUCAAUGGUAAGACCCACAUAUGGACCACCACCUACAGGCCCACCACUUUCAGGUCCACCACCAACAAUGAAGCCUACACCUGCAACUGGACCCCCGCUGGCCAAUGUCAUACCUCCACCCCUCAAAGCUGAUGGAACCAUAGCUGGAAAUGGCCCCCAAUCAUCAAACAGCUAUAAUCAUGUGGACAACAAAAUGGGUGGUCUGCCUCCACCUGGCCCACCCGGUCGACACUUGAGUCACUAUCCUUCUCUCCCCCCUGGAUACCAGAACACUGCAGCUCCCCACAAACCCACUGCACCAGUGCACCCUGCGAUGCAAGCUGCCCCACAGCCUUACAGUCAAGCAAAUCAGCCGUACCAACAGCCUCACAGUGGCCCAGGACAGGCCCAGCUGAGCCCCUCCUUAGCCGCCUUGAGCCUCCAGUCCAGUUCCCCAGAAGCCCUAAGGGUUGUUAACCUGCUACAGGACAGAAACCUGCUGCCUCCAACCUCAGUACCUGCCCCGACUCCCUGUCUGCCCCAUGACCUGCAGAAGGUCAACUGCAGCCCAGAGGUGUUCCGUUGUACACUGACCAGCAUCCCUCAGACACAGUCUCUGCUCAACAAAGCCAAGAUGCCGCUAGGCCUGCUGCUCCACCCCUUCAAAGAUCUCUCGCAACUUCCUGUGGUGACAUCCAGUACCAUCGUCAGGUGUCGCUCUUGCAGAACCUACAUUAACCCUUUUGUGUCUUUCCUGGACCAGAGGAAGUGGACGUGCAAUCUGUGCUACCGGGUCAACGAUGUUCCAGAGGAAUUCAUGUAUAACCCAGUCAGCAGAUCAUAUGGAGAACCGCACAAAAGACCUGAGGUCCAGAAUGCUACUAUUGAGUUCAUUGCCUCUUCAGAAUACAUGCUGAGGCCUCCACAGCCCGCCGUUUACCUCUUCAUUCUGGACGUGUCCCACAACGCAGUGGAAACGGGCUACCUGAACGUGUUCUGUCAGUCCCUGCUGGACAACAUCAAUGCGCUACCUGGAGACUCGCGAACCAAAAUUGGCUUCAUCACCUUCGACAGCACCAUCCACUUCUACAACCUCCAGGAGGGUCUUUCACAGCCACAGAUGCUCAUCGUGUCCGACAUCGAAGAUAUCUUUUUACCAACACCAGACAGCCUUUUAGUGAACCUCAAUGAGUGCAAAGAGCUUGUACAGGACCUGCUGAAAAGUUUGCCGACCUUAUUUGAAAAGACCAUGGAGACCCAGUCUGCCUUGGGCUCUGCCCUGCAAGCUGCCUUCAAGUUGUUGUCACCCACCGGAGGGCGUAUGUCCGUCUUUCAGACACAACUGCCCAACUUGGGGGUUGGAGCUCUGCAGUCCAGAGAGGACCCCAACCAGCGAGCGUCAGCCAAGGACAUCCAACAUUUAUCACCAGCGACAGACUUCUAUAAGAAGCUGGCUCUGGACUGCUCUGGUCAGCACAUUGCUGUCGACCUUUUCCUGCUCAGUUCUAGAUACUGUGACCUGGCGUCGCUUGGCUGCAUCUCCAGAUACUCAGCAGGGAGUGUCCACUACUACCCGUCCUACCACCAGCAGCACAAUCCUGCACAGGUGGAGCGUUUCCAGAAAGAUCUGAAGAGAUACUUGACCAGGAAGAUCGGGUUUGAAGCUGUCAUGAGGAUACGCUGCACCAAAGGUCUGUCCAUCCACACGUUCCACGGAAACUUCUUUGUCCGCUCCACAGACCUGCUGUCUCUCCCCAAUGUAAAUCCUGAUGCUGGCUUUGCAGUCCAGAUGUCCAUUGAGGAAAAUCUGAAUGAUAUGCAGGUGGUCUCUUUCCAGGCUGCCUUGCUAUACACGUCCAGCAAAGGAGAAAGAAGGAUCCGUGUCCACACCUUGUGUCUGCCUGUUGUCAAUUCCCUGUCUGAUAUAUUUGCAGGGGCCGACAUGCAGGCCAUGACUGGUCUGCUGGCCUGUAUGGCCGUGGACCGUUCAGUGUCAGCCAGUCUCAGUGAUGCCAGAGACGCUUUGACUAACGCAGCCAUAGACUCGCUGUCGUCUUACCGACACUCUGUGUUGACUAUUCAGCAGCCUGGUCUGUUGUCUCCAGCCUGCCUCAGACUCUUCCCUCUAUAUGUCCUGGCUCUGCUCAAGCAGAAAGCCUUCAGAACGGGCACCAGCACCAGACUGGAUGAGCGGGUGUUUGCCAUGUGUCAGCUCAAGUACCAGCCGCUGGCCUAUGCCAUGCUGAUGAUCCACCCUGCCCUGUAUCGCAUUGACGAUCUUACAGAUGAGGGAGCUUUAAACAUCAAUGAUCGGACCAUCCCUCAGCCCCGUGUGCUGCAGCUGUCAGCGGAGAACCUCAGCACGGAGGCAGCUUUCCUCAUGGAUGCUGGAACUGUAAUGUAUCUACGGGUGGGAAAGAAUUGCAACCCUAUCUUCCUCAAUCAAGUCCUGGGAGUUCCCAGCUACGCUGCUGUGCCUGAUAACCUUUAUCUGCUGCCUGAGCUGGACACUGCAGAGUCACAGAGAACAAGAGCUUUCAUUGGCUGGCUGAAGGAUCAGAGGCCAUUCUUCCCUACUUUGCAUGUCAUCAGGGAUGAGAGCCAGCUGAAACCCAGCUUUAUGCAGAACUUGAUCGAGGACCGGACAGAGUCGGCCCUGUCGUACUACGAAUUCCUGCUUCACCUCCAACAGCAAAUCUCCAAAUAAACUUCAGUGUGACUGUUAAGACAGGACAGCAUAGAAGCAAGGACGCCUCUCUGUAUGUGUGUGAGUGAGGAGUGUGUGUGCGAGUACAAAAUCAGAGGAGGCCUUCAACUGGCCGAGGCCUCCGGCUCCGUUUCUAGCUGUGGUCCACUGUCUCUACCCUGAGGACAGGGUUUUUGUUUUGAGCUGAAGUUUGGCGUUACUCAAUAUCAAGCAGCGUGACGCACAAUGCAAAGACGCAAGAGUGACAGUGAAUCAACCAUGAUGCUUUUUUCUUUGCACUUUUCAUCCUGCUCAGAAUCAGCGGACAACAGCAGGAAAUAACAAUCACCAAGAUAAGGAAUAAGAUAGAAGAGGUGAUCGAAUCGAUCAGCAGUCUGUCUGUGGAUGGCACCGGUGGCAGAUUGAAGGUGUCGAGUGUGUUCUGUCGUCUUUACCACAUCAUGUUCGUGUGUCAGUUAGUGUAUGUACGUCUUAAUUCAGAUGAGUUUAUAAGGUAAGUGAAUGCAUCUGCGCUAGGCUGGUAUAGGGGGCGCCAGCUGGAUGGUUGUCAACAGUACAGCUUGAGCUCUAACAUUCUUAACCCCUGUACGACAGAAACAAUGCGUGCAAUUUUUUAAAAUUCAUUAUAGGUGUGUGUCGAACAAAUAGGAAGACGCUGUAGUUACAGGCGCAGAUGUCAAGUGUUCAAAGGUGGGUGGACCUCACUGUCAUCACUGCCUGGAAUGUGUAUGUGUGUGCGUGUGUGCCGGUUUCGACUCAGCAGUGAAAAACUCACCAGACAUUUUUUCUUUCCCUCUCUGGACAGGCGGAACAACACUGUUCUAUUUCUUUAUUUUUGUUUGUUUUUGAUUUCCGUUUAAUUUAUGAGAACUCCCAAUCUGAUUAAAUCCUACAAUUGCCUUGUACGGGAACUCACUUUUUAUUAUUAAACUUCUGUUUAAAUACAGACUCUACAUAAUGAAAUAUUUUAAUAUAAUAGGAUAUGGGAAAUUCUUUAACAUAAACAUAAAGCCAUUGUUUUAAUCAUACUUAUUGAUACUUGUAUAUGAAAAAGACUGCAUUAUAUAAAAGUGACUAAAUGCUGAUGAUUUUAGUAUAAACCUUAAGUGAGAUAACGCUAAGAAAAUAAAAUGUUUGGCACUUUUUAAAUGUAGUUUGUGCUUUGGUGGGUGAACAGUGUUUAUUCAGUGACUUUCAGACAACUAUGGACCAACACUGUCGAUAUUUUCCUUGAUUGGGAUUCCAUUGAAGGUUUUUUUUCGAUUUGGUCUGAUUUCAUACAGUUUGUAAUCUAUGUAAUAUACGAGAAAAAAUGUAUUUAGGAGCAGACAGAUGUUUUGAUCUUGAUGCACAGAUUUCUCUUUCAUAAGAAAACGGAUGAAAAUAAAAGUAGCCUGUGUUUGUACAGA